AUGACACGUAAAACAUCUCUGCCAUAUCCCGCCGGUCCCCCACCUCAGCCUCCAUUGUCGAGUUAUGACCCCGAAUCACAAUCCAACCUGGUACCAGACUCGGCCGAUCUCCCUCCGCUACCUUCCUCCUCGCAAAGGAGUCCGAUUGCCGCAGGUACGUCUAGUUUCCAAGACGCACAGAAUCCAUGGUCCGAUCUGCCCACGAAAGAUCAGUCAUCCGAUCGACCGCUGCCCGAUGCUCUCAGACCGGGGCAGCCUCGCCCGCCGGCGGGGGCUGGGGCUGGGCCUGGUGUCAAUCCGCAGAGUCAUGCUCUUUCGAAUAUACCCCAAGUUCUAAGAGCAGGUCGUUCGCAGGAAGAUACCCCUCGGUCGUCCUUGGAUAGUCAACGUUCCAAGGAUUUCUGGGAAGAUUCAGACGGGGAAGACGGUCGCGGCAAGAGUCCCAAAAGGGGACAAAUCGCACUUUCAGAAGACGAUUUGCAUGCUGAUCCCUGGGUCGACGUGGAGCCGCCAGAGAAGUCUGCUGGCAUCAAGAGGAAACCGGUGGGAUGGGGGUCGUCACCUGUACAAUCAAGGCCCGACGUACCCACCAUCUCGACUUUUGCUUCAAACAAUCCGUUCCGCCGGCCUUCGGACUAUGCUCCAGGAGAUGGACGGUUGGAGAUCUCAAAUCCGGAUCAUGACACGCCUGAAUUCCCCGCAAAGGGCAAAGAGUUGGAUCGAGGGCAUGCUAUACCUCCCACGGACCGUUUCCAAGGCUUAAACAUCGAGAAUAGCGCGAUAUCGGGCCUGCCGUCCUACAACAGCAAGAAUGACUCGCAGGCAGCAGUUCCAUCGGGCAAUGAGCAUCAGAUGGCGCACCCUCCCAUGCCUCAGGCUCCUCCACCACCUCCGCCGAUAGAGCCUCGAUCGCCUUUCAGUGAACAGCCACCGCUCAUGCCAGUGUCUCCGCAUCAUGAUACCAUCGAGAACCCUUGGGCGUCCAAUGUCAACCUUGCUCCGCCCACUCCAUCCCCUAUUCCAUUCUCUCCUUCUCAAAAACAAGUAUCAAAUUAUAACGACGACCUGUUGGACCGUGGACAGCAGAGUGGAGUCGUGUCACUCAAGGAUGAACUAGAAACACUCCCAAAUGCUGCUCAGGCAGGCACUGCAGCAUAUGACGAACCUUCGCUAUUAGAGGACGACGAGGCGAGGCCUCCCCUUCCUAUCAGACCGCCACGUCGCGCGGAAACCGAGUAUUACGAUCCUCCCGAAGGGCCACCUCCGUCCAAGCCACUACGGCCCACAAUACGCACAACUAUCCCAUCAGAUGAAGAUAUCGCAAAGAUGAUAGAGCAAAGAAACGAAACAUACCAGAUUAAACAUUUCAAUUGGUUCGAUCACAGUUCCCGGAAACUGAGGAGAUCUUCGAUGUUAACCCAGAACAAGAACGGUCCAUGUCCGCUUCUCGCCUUAGUCAAUGCUUUGAUCUUAGGAGCGAAACAUGAGUCUCAGGCGGCACUAGACGAAGCUCUCCGGACGCGUGAGCAAGUGUCACUCGGCCUCAUCAUUGAAACUCUGAUGGACGAACUACUGUCGAGGGGCUUUGAUGCUGUGGGAGAAGUUAUGCCCGAUGUGGAUGAACUAAACCACUUCUUGAUACGCUUGCGGACGGGGAUGAAUGCCAACCCCAGAUUCGUGCCGCCUGUUUCACCGCCGCCCAAUUUGAUGGACGCCGAUGACUCCAUGUUGAACAUGCCUCAGCGAGAACGAGCCAAACAAAAACUCGGGACGUUUGAGGCUACAACCGACAUGAAACUCUACGGGGCUUUCCAGGUUCCUUUGGUGCACGGUUGGCUACCCGAGCCAGGCUCGGAAGCCGCAAAGGCAUUUGCACGAUCUGCCCAAACAUACGAAGAUGCUCAAGCACUGCAGUUUGGGGAGGAGGAAUUGGAAUAUAAACUCAUGAACCAGGGGUUAACGGCAACCGAACAAAACCUAUGGGAGGAUAUCAACGCAAUCAAAAAUUUCCUCAAGACAUAUCCCACCCAACUCACUCCAUACGGCCUUGAAGGUGUGCAAGACUCGAUCCCAUCAGGCUCCUUUGCCAUCAUGUUCCGCAAUGAUCACUUUAGCACAAUCUACAAGCACCCUGAAAGUGGCCAACUUUUCACCUUGAUCACAGAUGCCGGAUACGCGGAUCGGGACGAGAUCAUCUGGGAAAGUCUCAUCGACAUCAGCGGCAAACACAACGAAUUCUUCUCGGGGGAUUUUAUGCCCGUUAGCCACCAUAAUGUAGGAGACGAGUCAUCAACUCAUCCAGCUGCUCGACGGACGUCGCAGCUUUUAAGCGUUGACAACGUUCCGACCGCAACACCACUGUCUCCACAAGAGCAACAGGAACAACACGAUGCGGACUUUGCCAUGGCACUACAGCUGCAAGAAGAAGAAGAGCAACGACAGCGUGCGGACCGAAAUAGGCGACAAAGCAGCAACACUGGCACCAGCGGCACGCAACAGAGAAGAUCACAAUCUGGGAAUAUCCCGAUACCUCUUCGUUCAACACAAUCUCCACCCGAAGUACGACCACCGAUUCCACCCCGCGUCUCACGCGCCCCCAAUCCAGGUGUCAAUCGCCCUUCCGAUGCCCUGGAUGAAGACGCGCCUCCUGCAUACGAGGAAGCAGCAAAAGGCAGGCCAUACAUCCCACCGCUGGGCAGCCCUCUGCAUCCCUCGGCAGAACCGUCUCCUAUGAACUCCAACACGCAGCUGACAGGUACCGUUAGUAAUAUCAGCACUCACUCGGCGUCAGGAGUUGUUGACACUCCUUAUCACCCGCCGGGACCAAAUGCGGGCAGGAGGGAUCCAAGGCGAAGGAUGAGUGCGUACAAUGAAAUGUCUCAGUAUUAUGCCAACUCGCCGCAGAGGUUGCAACCACAGCAAGGAGUAGCAGGUCCCUCUGGGAGAGGCGGAAGGCAUGGACAGGAUCGAGACUGCAUUGUUAUGUGA